UACACACACCCACACAGUUUGUAUCCCCGGAAGGUCAGUCAGGCGCUCUGCUCACAGCAAAGGAUUUAAAGAAGUAUUAAAGGCUGCUGUGGGUCACCGAGUGCCCUAAACCUUUCUAUAAGUGUUAGAGAGUUAGGCUGUUUGCUUUAUUGGCUGGAGUUUCCGUGUUUACUCGGAUUUAAAAUGAAUUCUCAGGGUUUGGAGAAGCUCCGGAUGACGGGUGCUGGGAAAGCCAUAGCCGUGCUGACCAGUGGAGGAGAUGCGCAAGGUAUGAACGCCGCUGUCCGUGCUGUCACUCGGAUGGGUAUAUAUGUUGGAGCCAAGGUGUAUCUGAUUUAUGAGGGUUACCAGGGUCUGGUGGAUGGGGGAGACAAUAUCAAACUGGCUCACUGGCACAGCGUAACCAACAUCAUCCAGCUGGGUGGGACAGUGAUAGGCAGCGCCCGCUGUAAAGCCUUCACCACACGGGACGGCCGCCUGGCUGCCGCCUUUAACCUUGUGAAACGUGGGAUCACCAACCUCUGUGUGUGUGGAGGUGACGGCAGCCUUACAGGAGCUAACAUCUUCCGAAGCGAGUGGAGCGGACUACUCGCCGAGCUGGAAGCCAAAGGCAGGAUCUCUGCUGAGACGGCAAAGCAGUACAGUCACCUAAACAUCGUGGGUUUGGUGGGCUCCAUCGAUAACGACUUCUGUGGUACCGACAUGACCAUCGGAGCAGACUCAGCCCUCCAUCGCAUCAUCGACAUCGUGGACGCCAUUUGCACCACCGCUAUAAGCCAUCAGCGCACAUUUGUCCUGGAGGUAAUGGGACGACACUGCGGAUAUCUGGCUCUGGUGUCUGCGUUAGCGUCUGGAGCAGACUGGCUCUUUAUUCCUGAAGCUCCUCCAGAGGAUGACUGGGAGGAUGUUAUGUGCACUAGGCUUGGAGAGAGCCGUAGUAAGGGUUCCAGACUCAACAUCAUCAUCAUUGCUGAGGGAGCAAUCAACAGAAAAGGCGAGCCCAUCACUUCCAGCUACGUCAAAGAUCUUGUUGUAAAGCGGUUGGGCUACGAUACCAGAGUGACUGUUCUGGGCCACGUGCAGAGAGGAGGAACUCCUUCAGCCUUUGAUCGAGUACUAAGUAGUAAGUUGGGAAUGGAGGCAGUGGUGGCACUGAUGGAGGCGACUCCUGAUACCCCUGCCUGUGUGAUCGGUCUGUCCGGUAACCGGUCGGUGAAGCUGCCCCUCAUGGAAGCGGUGGAAAUGACUACAGCGGUACAGAAGGCUAUGAAUGAGAAGAGGUUUGAGGAGGCCAUUCAGCUGCGUGGAAGGAGCUUUGCGAACAACUGGAGCAUUUACAAGUUACUGGCGUACCACAAGCCUUCUCAAGUCAUGAGCAACUUCUCAGUGGCCAUCCUGAACGUGGGUGCUCCAGCAGCUGGGAUGAAUGCAGCUGUGAGGUCUGCAGUGAGGGUGGCACUAGCAUCUGGCCACAAAGUCUACACUGUUCAGAAUGGAUUUGAGGGUCUUGCGAAUGGAGAGAUUAAAGAGAUGUCUUGGAGUAGUGUGGGUGGUUGGACCGGUCAAGGUGGCUCAAUUCUGGGGACUAAACGAACCCUACCCAAUACCUGCAUGGAAAAGUUGGUUGAAAAUCUUACCAAGUACAGCAUCCAGUCACUGCUAGUAAUUGGUGGCUUUGAAGCCUAUGAAGGAAUAUUAGAGUUGUAUGAUGCCAGGGGGCGCUACAACGAGCUGUGCAUUCCCAUGUGCAUCAUUGCUGCCACCAUCAGCAACAAUGUCCCUGGGACUGAAUUCAGUCUGGGUGCUGAUACUGCUGUCAAUGCAGCUAUGGAGAGCUGUGAUAAGAUCAAACAGUCAGCUACAGGAACAAAGAGGAGGGUCUUUGUGGUGGAAACCAUGGGAGGAUUUUGUGGAUACCUGGCAACCACCACUGGCAUUGCUGUGGGAGCCGAUGCUGCAUAUAUAUUUGAGGAGCCUUUCAAUAUCCAUGAUCUGAAGACAAACGUCGAGCAUUUGGCAGAGAAAAUGAAGAAGGAUAUCCAGCGGGGUCUGGUGCUGAGGAAUGAGAAAUGCCAUCCACAGUACAGCACUGAUUUCAUCUAUAACCUGUACACUGCUGAAGGGAAAGGAGUGUUUGACUGCAGGGUCAAUGUGCUCGGACAUCUCCAACAGGGAGGCGCACCUUCACCUUUUGAUAGGAACUUUGGUACAAAGUUGGGUGUGAGGGCCGUGCAGUGGCUUACUGAGAAGAUGGCUGCCACCUUCAGACAAGGUUCUGUGUUUGCUAACUCCCCGGAAACAGCGUGUGUGUUGGGUCUGAAUGGCAAAACGCUCACGUUCACCCCUGUGGAUGAACUAAAGAAGCAGACUGACUUUGAACACAGAAUGCCCAAAGAGCAAUGGUGGCUGAAUCUGCGACUGCUGCUCAAGAUGCUGGCCAAAUACCAGACCAGCUUUGAUCAGUAUGUCACAGGAGAGAUUAGACACGUGACCCUUUGUUCUCUCAGUCAAGACCAAGGGUUUUAGACAGCGACAUGCAUUACGUUGAUGUGCACCAGCGUACCUAUUUACACCAGCUACACUUUCUUCCAAGGAAGUUCAUAACCACAAUCUGUGGUUGAACUGGAUUGAUUGGUUAUAGCGUCAGCAUGUUUAUUACUCUGCAGAGUCAUGCUUGGUGCUCCAUUUGAAGCAGGGAACAACACUCCUGUCAAUGCAGUAUCUAAAGUAGCAUUUUGCCAAAUAAUUUUUUUUUACAUUUAAAGUCUAUAAAAAUAGCAGGGAACAAUAGUACUAUUGAUACAGUGUAUAAACUCUCAAGGGCUAUAUUCACAAAAAAUCUCAACAUUCCACUGAGUGCUCUAAUCAAUGGCACUAAUAGUUCCUAGUAAAAUAAAUUGACUGAAAUCGAAUGACUGAAGCAGCGCUGAAACUCCUAAAUGAAAUCACAUUGAAAUUGCUAUGUUAAAAAAAAAGAUAUCGAAAGUUGUUUUUAACAAUUAAUGUUUAGUACAUGCAAACAAAACUCUAAAUGUUACCUUGUCAAAUAUUUGCUAAGUUCAAUAGUUAGUCUGUAAGAUUGAUGCAUUGCAAAAUAAUGACACAAUAGCAUUUAAUUUUAGGUCCAUUUAACUAGAGUAUCUAAAGUAUUGAAAGAUUUCUUAAUUCGCAUCUUAUUCCCUGAAGUAAGCACUGGUUCGUGGUCGGUUGGCUUUUGAAACUAUGAAUUUUUGGGAAAUGUGUGAAAAUUUGUUUGAUGGUUUGGGCAGUUCUUGGUAAUUUUUGAGUUGUGUUUUACAUUUACAUUUUUACUAUGGCCAAUUUUAGAUCUGUUCAUGAUUCAGUCUUAGUGACAAAGAAGUCUUCUGUUGUCUCAGGUUUAAGAGCUGCUUUUAAUGCUAAAAGCUUUAAAACAACAAUCAGGACCAAGUACAAAGCUAAAAUGCUCUGUGACUUAAUUUUACACACACACA